AUGGUAGAAGAGGUCCCAGAUGUCACCAGAAUCCUAGGCGGUAUAUAUGUGGGCAGUGUGAAGCCUAUCGUGAACCACACGCCUCUAAAGGGCAUGUUCAACAUCACGCAUAUACUCUCGGUGCUGAAGUUCACCGUGAUCCCAGAGUACUUGGUCAGAAAGGGCUACACGCUCAAGAACAUAGCCAUCGACGACGACGAGAGCACCGACAUACUGCAGUACAUCAACGAGUCCAACCGGUUCAUUGACCAGUGUUUGUUCCCGCACGAGGAAGAAUACGACCCUCGCAAGGUCGACUUCCGCAAGAAGAAGCAGCAUGGAAGCGUAUACAUCCACUGCCAGGCCGGGGUUUCGCGGUCGGUCUCCUUUACUAUUGCGUACCUGAUGUAUCGCUACGGGCUCGACCUCAAGUCCGCGCUCCACGCGGUGAAGCGCAGGCGCCCAGAGGCGCAGCCGAACGACGGCUUCAUGGAGCAGCUGCGCAUCUUCGAGGAGAUGGGCGGCCAGUACGUCGACACAGCGCUGCCGCGCUACCGCCAUUGGGUGCUGCAGGCCUCGCUGCAGGCAGACCCGACCGGCAGCGGCAUCCUGGCGAGGGAGGAGACCUACCGCGGCGACGGCGAGGAGGACCUACAGUCGCUUUCGACCGAGGACCGCCACAAGCUCACAAUGCUGCGUUGCAAGAAGUGCCGCCAGCGGCUCGCGCUCUCGACCGCAUUCAUCCAGCACGAGCCGCCUAGCGCGGAGUCCAGCGAGGGCCACUUCAUCCGGCGCGCCGCCGGCAGCAGGCGCAUCAUCGACAUCCAGCAGUCGCAGGACCAGUGCUCGCACUUCUUCGUCGAGCCCCUGAACUGGAUGAAGGCUGAGCUGCAAGGCAAGCAGGAGCUGGAGGGAAAGUUCUCCUGCCCUAACUGCACGCAGAAGGUCGGCGGCUACAACUGGAAGGGCUCCCGUUGCAGCUGCGGCAAGUGGAUGAUCCCCGCCAUCCACCUGCAGGCCGCCAAGGUCGACCAGGUCGACGCCGCGCGCCUCGCGCUGCCGAACCUCGUCAACUUCGAAACUAAGCAAUGA